CAAAUUUCAGGAGAAAAUCAACAAUUUCUUUCUUUUUUCAGAAUGAAUGGAUUCAGUCAACUUCAAGAGAACAAAUUUAACCGUACCAACAAACUGACUCAAGACCAAGAAUUUGACUACAUCGUGUCAGCUCUCCGCGAUGUUGUCUCCGGUGCCGAUGGUCGUACGGCUGGUGAAGCAGCUCAGCUUUUGCCGGAAGUUCAAAAUGCAAGUGGUGGUGCAUCCACGUCAGCUAAUUACAUGCCACGUAGGAACAUUGUGGACACUUCAGCAGCUUAUCUGGCAUGUCACAUUGGUAAUUCUUUCCAGUUCCACGUAAAGCGAGAAAACAUGGACAUGCAAAAAAGGAGGAAAAAACAGAGAAAUACAAAGAAGGAAUUUAGGGGAGUGAGACAAAGGCCAUCGGGUAAAUGGGUCGCAGAGAUCCGUGACCCGCACCGAGCCCAAAAUGUUUGGCUUGGUACUUUUGCUACUGCAGUUGAAGCUGCUAGAGCUUAUGACAGAAAGGCUAUUGAAUAUAGAGGUGAAAAGGCCAAAACAAAUUUUCCUAUUACGGCAUACGCUGCUGCUGAUGUUGCUACAGUUACUGAUGAGAACAAGUCGCCAAUGGUAGUGGAAGAAAACAAAGAAUUAGUACAAGUCCAAAGUGGUGAGGUGGCAGUGGCUGCUGAUCAUAAUAAUAAUAUUAAUGGUGAAAACAGUAUGCAAAAUGGUGAUGAUCAUAACAAUAUUAAUGGUCAAACUAGUAGUAUGCAAAAUGGUGAAAAUAGUAGUAUGCAAAAUGGUGAUGAUUUUUGGGAUACGUUGGAAGAUGAUGGACUUGUCAAGUUGCUCACCCAGGAUAUGUCCUUCUCAUUCUUUUAAUCCGCUUUAUUGUUUUUAUAUUAUCGGGAACAUUUAAUAAGUUCCUUUAUAUUGUUUGUUUUCUUCAUUUUUUCCAGCUGUGUCUUUUAAUUUCAAAAUGUAAUACAUAAUAAUUUUAAAACAUAAUUUAACUAUGCGUAAAAAUUAAAGCACUUUUCUGGUGAAUUGAGUCGACUUAUGUACAAGUAUGCCAUUAAAUAAGCAGAUUAUAAG